AUGUCUGCAAGCAACGGUAACGGUCUUCAGGUUCCCCAGGACGUGGCGGUCCUGUCGCCUGCCCAGGCGCUCGAGCACCUCAAGACCUACGCCACCGGCGAUGGUCUCAGCAUGAGUGAGCUCAUCGACUCGCGCCAGCACGGCGGUCUCACCUACAACGACUUCCUCGUGCUGCCCGGCUUCAUCAACUUCCCCGCCUCGGACGUCAGCCUGCGCACCAAGGUCACCAAAAACGUCACGCUCAACACCCCCUUCCUCUCGUCGCCCAUGGACACGGUCACCGAGACCGAGAUGGCCAUCGCCAUGGGCCUCAUGGGCGGCAUGGGUGUCAUCCACAACAACAUGAGCCCGCAGGAGCAGGCCAGCGUCGUCCGCAAGGUCAAGAAGUACGAGAACGGCUUCAUCACCGAACCCCUCUGCCUCGACCCCAACGCCACCGUCGGCGACGUCCUCGAGAUCAAGGAGCGCCUCGGCUUUGGCGGCAUCCCCAUCACUGACACGGGCGCCAUGCACGGCAAGCUCGUCGGUAUCGUCACGGCUCGCGACGUGCAGUUCCGCGACACCGACCUGCCGCUCUCGCAGGUCAUGACCACCGACCUCGUCACCGCCCCGCAGGGCGUCACGCUCGAGCAGGCCAACACCAUCCUGCGCGACAGCAAGAAGGGCAAGCUGCCCAUCGUCGACGCCGAGGGCCGCCUCGUCUCGCUGCUCGCCCGCUCCGACUUGCUCAAGAACCAGAACUUCCCGCUCGCAUGCAAGCGCCCGGACAGCAAGCAGCUCUACUGCGCCGCCGCCGUCGGCACGCGUCCUUCGGACCGCGAGCGUCUCACGCUGCUCGUCGAGGCGGGUCUGGACGUGGUCAUCCUCGACUCGUCGCAGGGCAACUCGGUGUACCAGAUCGAGAUGAUCCAGUGGAUCAAGUCCACCUUCCCGCACAUCGACGUCGUCGCCGGCAACGUCGUGACGCGUGAGCAGGCGGCGAGCCUCAUCGCUGCCGGCGCCGACGCUCUGCGUGUCGGCAUGGGCUCAGGCUCCAUCUGCAUCACCCAGGAGGUCAUGGCCGUCGGCCGCCCCCAGGGUACCGCCGUGCACGCCGUCGCCGAGUUCGCCUCCAAGUUCGGCGUGCCCGUCAUUGCCGACGGCGGUAUCUCCAACGUGGGUCACAUUGCCAAGGCGCUCGCGCUCGGCGCUAGCGCCGUCAUGAUGGGCGGUCUGCUGGCCGGCACCACCGAGUCGCCCGGCGACUACUUCUACCGCGACGGCAAGCGCCUCAAGGGCUACCGUGGCAUGGGCUCCAUCGAGGCCAUGGAGCACCAGAAGAAGGGCAAGAUCGCCGGCGCCACGGGCAAGGGCGCUGCCAAGGCGGACAAGCUCGCCGCCGACGAGAACGCCGCGACGCAGCGCUACUUUUCCGAGAGCGACGCCGUCAAGGUGGCGCAGGGUGUCGCCGGCGCCGUGCAGGACAAGGGCUCGGUCAAGAAGUUCCUGCCCUACCUCUACACGGGCCUCCAGCACUCGCUCCAGGACAUGGGUGUGCCGCACCUCCACCUGCUGCGCCCCGCCGUCGGCUCGGGCCAGGUGCGCUUCGAGCUGCGCACCGCCUCGGCCCAGGUCGAGGGCGGCGUGCACGGCCUGCACAGCUACGAGAAGCGUCUCUUCUCGUCCUAG